UGGGUCCUUCACCCACUGAGCCACAGUAGGAACUCCCAGUUUGUUGUAUUUUUUUAGAUUCCACAUUCGAUUCUGCGUGUUUGGAGGGGGAGAGAGGAUGCACUGGUGGAUUGGAUGGGAAAGGGGAAGAGAACUGGAGAGGGACUGGUGAUUUUUUGCCUUGAGCAGAUGGAGGGUGGAGUAGCUCUUACUGAGAGCUAUGGAGGAAAUAGGAACAUUGAGACUCAUCCCUUAACACAGUUUGUCAUUUGCUUCCUGUAAAUGUGAAUCCACUUCAGCAUUUUUCGCAUAUUUAUUCUCUGUUUAUAUUGACUCGGAGUGUUUGUAAAUUUUACUUUUCCUCCAAAUGGCAUAGAGCAAGGAACCCACACUCCUCCAGCCCUCAAAGUGGGAGCCAGGGGGUGGGAGUAGAGGAGACACUUCUGCAAGUCUCUUCAGGAACUCAUGAUGGCCUUCCUGAAAAAGCUCUGGCCUCAUGGUCAGAGCAGUUCACUGGGGCUGCCUGGGCCUGGCAUUGCACCUUGGGGAGGGGGCAGUUGAUGUAGGGCCUCCUGCGGAGUGCUGGCUUGGAUGAACAGCUACCAGGUGUGCCCAGAGUCACACAGUCUGCACUCGUGUGGCAGCUAUGACUUCAGAUAUGUCGUUCCUUCUGUCCCGUAAGUCAAAAAGGAGGAACAAACCUUCAUAAGUGCUUAUUAAUGAGAGGGGUGGCAGGUGUGUGGUAACUGUAAGCCCAGGGUCGGCAGGUGACAUCUGAUGGCAGGUGUGGGGGUGCACAGGUGUGCUGACCUCGAGGUUUCCUGUUCCACGCAGAGUGGCAUCUGGUGGCAGACUGCCUUCUCUCUCUGGCUUCUCCAAGGUGUCCUUUCUGCCUUGACUGGACCUGAAGAGAGAGGUACAGGUAGUGGGGAAGCUGGCCUGUGGAAGGGUCCCCUUGGGGAAGACAUGGGCUGUGUCCUCCUUUUGCCAGCCUUGGAGCUGACUCUGAGGAGGUGGUGCCUAAGGCUGCAGAGGUAUCAUGAGUGGCGGCUGGCCUGUCCCAUCAGGCCUAAGGGCUGCCAAGCAGACAGAAGUGAGGGGUUUGGUCCUGCGUUUCCCCUGUGAAGCAGCAGUAGGGGUUAGGGGCACCCCAAGAGUGGGCCUACCUGUCCUCCUCACUUCAGAGCAGGAGACACAUGGUGGAGAAUUCUCUCUUGGUUUUUUUCUCCCCAGCAGUAGAAUUUAGAGGUUUUUCUGUAACUUAAAUCUUCCUUUUUUUUUUUUUUUUUUUUUUUUUUUUUUUUAUUGUGAACACUUUUGAACAGAGAAGAAAAGUUGAGAGAAGAGUUACCUACACACAGCACCACUUGACUGACCAGGUGGUUACUCUUUUAGCAUAUCUGCUUUGUCUUCUGUAUAUAUGUACUUUUUCUCUGAGCCGUUUGUAAGUACAUUGCAGACAUUAUGAAACUUCACCCUGGAACACUUCAUUCUGUACCUGACCUGACUGAGGAACACUUGUCUGGGCCCUGCCGUGGGCCUGGGCGAGGUCGGGUUUGAGAAGCAGCAGUGUGGACAGCAGGCCCCAGGCAGGAGCCCUACCUACUUUAGCACCGCUUCCUUGUUUCUGGCCUCAGUUUAGUAUUUUUUUAAAUGUAUGGUGCAGCCUUCCAGCCAUGGAAAGGAGUAAAACCAUAUCAGCCUGUUCCAUCACUGUGUUAUUGCCCAUGUCGCCCAUCCAUGGGCCUGUACUCAGCAUCCUUCUCUGCUCCAUGGUCCACGACCCUGGACAGUGUUGAACACAUUUACAUGUUUUUAAACUUCCUGUAAUUAUUAUAGCUUUAUUGUUCCCCUCUGUAAACAUGCUGCUGCCAAAUCCCUCAUGAAGUUGUGAAAUGAGAAUGAUGUAUGUGUAAAUACUUAGUCCCAUGUGGCAGGGGGUAGAGAGUCAAUAAGUUCUAUUUUACUUCUUACCCAACAGGUGUUGAGAAAACAAUUACAGUUCUUAAAAUCAGCAGUCAGUCAGUUGGCGGGCAGUAGACCCUCCCACCUGCCCAGCUCUGCCCUCAGAGAAUCCUAGGCUUAUUCUGGGGUAGGAGGACAUCUCAGGGCCUUCCUUCAAGGUACCUGCCAGGAAUGGUGGCAGCUACUCCAGCCUUUCCUCUCCCCGGGCUCUGCCAGCCCAGGGGCUGCUCUGUGUCUGGACCACUUGGGAGCACAGCGGAGGGCUCAGGGCCAGAGGCUUAUUCCACCUCGAGCACUUUGUCUUCCUGUCUUGCUGCACCCUCCUCGCUGCCUGGGAAAAGUCCCGGGCAGCUCAGAAACAUUGACAAAUGCAAAGGGAGAAUUUGGCAGGGCUAUAAGAAGCCUUUGGAUUAAAAAAUCACCUGAGGGUGCUUCUUGCUCUUCUGGGCUCCUUACUCAGGCUUCUGUGAGGCUGAUAACCUGGCUCUUCGUUCUAGCCAUCACCUGUCUUCCUCAAGGGGCCUCAGCUGCCGCCCCCCAGGGAAUGCAAACUAGUAGGGAGCACCUGCCACCCUGUCCCGCUGCUACCUUCCAACCCCUGGCACAGUGGGACAUGGAGUUCACACUGCAGGGAGCGGCAGUGGGUUGCCCUGAGGGGAGAGGCCUGUCCACAGGUGCUGGGGGCCAGGUGACCUGGGGCCUGCAGAGCCUUGCAGUAGCGCUAGGGGGCACUCCCGCUUAGGGGAGUCCAAAUCAAAUGGGAGGACGGAGUGUGGCUGGCUGCCCAGAGAGUCUUUAUUUGAGGUUUGAAAUAAACCUGCCAAAUGGUUUUUUGUUUUCCCCAGAAAUCCUGUGAAGUAUGGUCUGGAAUCCAAAAAGCAUUUCCCUACUGAGAAAUAUAUGGUGGAGAACAGGUUAGAAGGUGGUGAGAGCUAGUCUCAGGGCAUGCCCAUGGGCUGAUUUAUGAGUUUGCUAAACACCAAUCAGCCGGAGAGGCUUUAAGAGGUUACUGAGGAGUUCUGAUAGGCAUGGAAUGGCCCGUUGGUCAUUUUACAGUAGAGAGCAUCAGCACUCCAGAGGCUGCUCAGCAAAUGAGAAUCCGAGCUUUAGAUCCAUAGACUCGUUUUUCCCCUGAGGUAUAACAUGGGCUGGGUCUGUUCUGGAUGCACUGCAGCCUUAGGGGAAGUCAGAAUGGUCUUCCCAGAUUUCUGGUUGUUGCUAGGAUUCUGUGUCAGCAUCUUCCUGUGCUUUCAAUCCCUUUAUCCCCUCUCAUGAGGUAUUUGGUUGGAGCUCUGAGGUGAGAGGGGUCUGAAGUCUCACUGGGAGCUGAGAAUGCUGCAGGCCAGGGCAAGGAGACUGAAGUGUAGGUAAGGUAUUUGUCAGCCCUGUGCACCCUGCUGCCUCCGUGUUCCUACUGGCGCAUUGUAGGUGUUGAAUGUCAUGGAAGUCCAUGAGGUAGGACCCUACCCAUCUUCUCCCCCUUUCCCCCCUGUGGUGUCCCAGGUUGAACAAUUGGUUGGGCUGGAUCUUGAUGAGGCGUCGGGUAUGUGGGGCUGUGUCUGCAUGCCACUUUGUCCUCUCUUAGGCUUCCUUGGCUCAGCUGCCCAUCUCGUCACAAGCCCUGUAGGCUCUCUUCCCUGUUCUAAUGUUGCUCUAGAAACUAAAUUCCCAGUGGUCAGAAGAAGCUGAGGUUGUACCUUUGUUCAACAAAUCAGGGCCCUGGAUUCCACAUCCUUUUGGGGGUAGAGUAGUGGUGGUUUUCCUGGCCAGAUCCUACUCCUCCCCUAAAAAGUGUUAAGUUGGUUCAUUCCAUUCGUGUUGACUGAGUGCUUCUGGUGGGUAUGAGGGUAGGGUUCUUACCCCACAGGCUGGAGCCCUAUCACCUAACGGGGUAGAAAGAUAAGUCGAGAAUCACCCCACAGGUUUUGAUCCCAGAGAGGAAGCCUGCGUGCAGGGCGGGUCUGGACCUUGCCCACUGGGUCUUCUUUGCUGUUCUGCACUGGGGGAUUUUUUGUGUCUGGUGUGACUUCCUGGAGCAGAGGAGGCGGAAUAGGAAGCAGCCUCAUGUUCUGUGUGGAGUGUGGAGAGGAGCGAGGGCUUAGACACCUGCUGUGCAGCUGGUGGGGGGGUAGAAAAGGUGGCUGGAGGUGGCUUUUUGCUGUCUCGAGCAGCUGGCCCUCGGUGUAGUCAGCAGCACGUGGAGGCCCUCGCGUGGGCUGGAGGGGCGCGUGGGAGUAGGGUCGGCUGCCCAGUCCCCAGCCCGUGGAGAUGGCCCCGGGAAACCCUGUGACCCCGGCAGCCGGUUGCAUGUUCCCGCCGUUCCCCUCGCCUCGCCCCUCCCCUUAAAGGGACCCCGUGCUGAGGGGCGGGGCGCGGCUGACGAGCUUGGUGGCAGGCCUCCUGCCCCCGCCCCCUAGCGGCCUGAGUGGCUGGAGCCCGAGCCCUCGCUCGCCGCCCGCAGCCCGGCUUCCGCGGAGCGGCACCUCCCUGCGAGUCGAGUCGGAAACCGAGUAGGCAGCAGGCGGCGCGGAAGCUGAGCCGAGCCGCGGACUACCUGCCGCCCUGAAACUUGGGGGAGGAAUGAUUCGUGGUCCCACCAGGACACAGAUGCCUGGCAGCCCUGCCCUACAGAGUGGGAGUGUGCCCAGCAACCCUGAUCUCUCACCUGAGCCCUUGGACCAACUGUGCCUGGGAGGCCAAGCAGAGGAGCGGUGACAGCAGGAGCUCCUCUGGGGGGAAGGGAGGAAGGAGGAGAGACAAAGGGAGUGAGCCUGGCGCCGCCUCCCUGCGCCGCCCACCAUGUGUCAGUCUGAGGCGCGGCGAGGACCGGAGCUCCGCGCUGCGAAAUGGUUGUACUUUCCCCAGCUGGCCCUGAGGCGGAGGCUGGGACAGCUGAGCUGCAUGUCCAAACCCGCCCUGAAACUGCGCUCCUGGCCCCUGACAGUCCUCUACUACCUCCUGCCCUUUGGUGCCCUCAGGCCACUCAGCCGGGUGGGAUGGAGGCCUGUGAGCAGGGUGGCCCUGUACAAGUCGGUGCCCACGCGCUUGCUGUCGCGGGCCUGGGGCCGCCUCAACCAAGUGGAGCUGCCGCACUGGCUGCGCAGGCCCGUCUAUAGCCUGUACAUUUGGACCUUCGGGGUGAACAUGAAGGAGGCCGCCGUGGAGGACCUGCACCACUACCGCAACCUCAGCGAGUUCUUCCGGCGCAAGCUCAAGCCGCAGGCCCGGCCUGUCUGCGGCCUGCACAGUGUGAUCAGCCCAUCCGAUGGAAAGAUCCUCAACUUUGGGCAGGUGAAGAACUGCGAGGUGGAGCAGGUGAAGGGGAUCACCUACUCGCUGGAAUCAUUCCUGGGCCCACGAAACUCCACAGACGACCUGGCCUUCCCACCAGCCACCUCCCAUGGCUCCUUCAGGAGCCAGCUGGUCACACGAGAAGGGAACGAGCUCUACCACUGCGUCAUCUACUUAGCACCUGGAGACUAUCACUGCUUCCACUCCCCCACUGACUGGACUGUCUCCCACCGGCGCCACUUCCCAGGCUCCCUGAUGUCUGUGAACCCUGGUAUGGCCCGCUGGAUCAAAGAGCUCUUCUGCCACAACGAGCGGGUGGUUCUGACAGGGGAUUGGAAACACGGCUUCUUCUCGCUUACGGCCGUGGGAGCCACCAACGUGGGCUCCAUCCGGAUCUACUUCGACCAGGACCUGCACACCAACAGCCCACGCUACAGCAAGGGCUCCUACAACGACUUCAGCUUCGUGACACACACCAACAAGGAGGGCAUCCCCAUGCGCAAGGGCGAGCACCUGGGCGAGUUCAACCUGGGCUCCACCAUCGUGCUCAUCUUUGAGGCCCCCAAGGACUUCAACUUCAAGCUGAAAGCAGGACAGAAAAUCCGAUUUGGGGAGGCUCUGGGCUCCCUCUAGAGCCUCUUUUGUGGCCAUUGCUGCUGAGGGAUCUUUUCCAGAGAAAUGUGAAGGUCUUUUCAAGGGGAACCUCUGAGGCUGUCUGGGGAGGGGACCAUUGGGUCUGGCCAGGCAGGACCUGGGUGACUUCUGUCCCCACUGUUGGGACAAAGUGGUCAGCAUCCCGUCACGCCCUUGCCCUACGUCGUCCCCUUUCCCACCUGAGAUAAGGUGCACACAAGGAUGAUGGAGUCCCUCUUGGAGACUUUCUCAUGUGCUGUAUAAACUGGAGACCCUGGCCAAGCGUUCACUUGGUCUCAAUUUCCAUUUUAAGUGGUAGUAAAGUACCUUCUUGCUGCUCUCUUAUCCCUGCUUUUUGGUCUCCCUUGCACAGGGUGAGGUGCCUACCAGCACUGACUGUGGGCCUGCACGGCCCGAGACCAGGGCCAUUGAGCCUUUAAUGCAACUGCUUUCUGUUUCCAGAUUUGCCCCACCCUGCUUGUUGGGAAAAGCCGUCUUUCCUCUUUGCACACAUGGCUGAACACCUCACCCGCAACCCUGCUAGCAGCUUCUGAGGGUGGCCAUCCAAUGGCUUGGUGCUUUGCAUGCCCAGAUGAGUGACCUUCCAGAGCGGACAAGUCCUCUUUCCAGUAGGCAGGGCCCAUUACCAAACCUCCUUCAGUGGUGUCUAAAGCAAGUGGGGCAGGCAGCUGGGGCAAGGGGGAGCUUGUUGUCUCACCCCAUAUCCAGACCUACAUAAAAUAGGGAAACAUUGCUGCUAUUGAUCAGGGGCUUGUGUUGGAGGCAGAGGAACCUUGGUGUAUUUGGUGGGGGGGAGAGGGGGAGGGUGUCAGUGCCUAGAAAACCUGUUCCCAGGUAACAACAGGUACGUAGCCUUGGGGAGCCACUGAGGGGGACAGAGCCAGGUUUCAUGUUUCCUGGGGACACUGUGAAUUUCUCCUGCAGGAGAAGCCAUUUGAACUUUUUCAACUGUAUCAGUAGCACAGUAUUUUUGUAUGAAAAGUGGGAGACUUCUGAACAGUGAUUCAUUUAAUUGCAACAUUUUGGAAUAAAAACUCAUUGCAGC